GUUGAUCUCUUUUGUAAGUUUGUCUUUCAGCUUCACACACUCAAGGCACACGCACACACACACACAGCAGAAUGAUCCACAUCUCUGAAGAUAAACUGCUCAUAUUCACUCUGCUGAUCCUCAUGACAGUGGUGUAUUCUGAGAUGAAGACCUUCACUGGACAUGAAGGAGGGAAAGUGGAGAUAAGGUGUCCAUAUAAUGCUAAAUAUGAGGAGAUGGAGAAAUAUCUCUGCAGAGGAGAAUGCCCAAUAUAUGAUAAAGACAUUCCUGUUGAAUCUGGAUCAGAACCUGUAGAUAAGAGAUUCUCUCUGACUGAUAACAGGACAGCUCACAUCUUCACCAUCACCAUCACUGAUCUCAGAACAGACGAUCAAGGAAAAUACUGGUGUGCUGUGAAGACAGGAAUUGGAAGUUUUGAUAAGUAUACAGAGAUUUACCUGGAAAUAAAACAGGUGUCUCGAGUUUCUGGAGAACCUGGAAAACAUCUGAGCAUCACCUGCAGUUAUACAAGAGAUCUGAAAGAACUCAUCAGAUUCCUCUGCAAAGGAAGCGACCCAUCCGACUGUAAGAACAUCAUCAAAGUUUCAUCAAAAACAAAAACUAAUGGCCGAUUCUCUCUGACUGAUGAUUCUGAGACAGUUUUCACUGUAAACAUCAGAGAUCUGACAGAGGAGGAUUCUGGGAUAUACUGGUGUGGAGCUGCAGAGAAACAAGCACAAGAGUACACAUGGAUUUCAGCCAUAGAUCUGCACAUUACUGAACCCACAUCAGCGCCAAGACUUCCUAAAAAUACCUCAACUGCUUCAUUUCACACCAGCAAACCAGCAGAUCCUGCAUCCAGCAGACCCGUCACACCUUCAUCAUCUGCAUCAUCAUCGUCAAUAUCAAUGUUUUUAAAUGCAUCCACCAAUGCAGCAUCAUCACACACACCAUUAGGGUUUACAGCAUUCAUCAUGCUGAUGGUCGUAGUGAUGCUGACGGUGUUUGGACUCUCGUUGUUCCUGUACCUCAAGAGAAAACAAAAGAAAAAAGGAGCGCAGACCAAAGAUGACAUCUAUUACCAACCUGAGAAUCUGCCAAAUGGAAACACGGAGACAACUAGAGAAGCCUCUCAUGGUGUCAGUGAUUAUGAAGAGAUCAGCUCUUCUCUUAAUAACCCCAUCUACUCUUCAGUCUCUCCUGCUUUCAGUAAACAGGACGUCUCUGUUUAUGCUGUAGCACAGUUACCCAGCAGCCCCUCUGAUCAUCUCAACUACUCCACCGUCAGGUUUUCAGCUUCACAUCUUUCGGACAGGACUUCCGGUGGAUUAGACACAUGCGAUUAUGCCACUGUUAAUGUCUAAAGGACGUCCAAACUCCAAUAUCUCCUUGUGUAAAUGAGAUCUUACUUGUUUUGUGAUUACAAAUAUGUAGCUUUUGUAUUAUUUUGAUGAAUCAGUAUUGGAGACUGGUUUACACACUGCAGGAAAGCUUACCUUGCUUUGAUUUUUUUAAAUAAUGUCAAAUUUAAGGGAGUUUUUUUUCCUAAAACAAGCAAAAUAAUCUGCCUAUGCAAGUUAUUUUGCUUGUUUUUAGAAAAAAGCGCACUUAGUUUUGACGUUUUUUUUGUAAACAAGUAAAUCUUUUUUACUUGUCUAGUAAAUGCAUCUUAAUUUAAAAAUGUUUAGAUGUUUAAAUUAAAAACAAGGCAAAAACAGAGGUAAGAAAAUGAUUUUUGCAGUGCAAUGCAGAUGUUUUUUUUGUUUUUUUUUUUGUUUAUUUAUUGUCCACAAGCUAUUAAAGAAGUAAACAACUGGA